CCAUGUGGGGUGGAGUCAUAUUCCAUAGCGCGUAGAAUUCGCGAUCACCCGAAUCUAUUUCUAACUUGUAUUUUGGGGUCAAAUUGAAAUCACCAUCACCAGAUUUUCUUUCUAUCUUCAAUUUCUUCAUCAAAAAGCAACCGCGUAUUCCGCUUUCUUCUUUCCAAUUGACUCGCACCUCGAUUCGAAUCACUUGAGACGUAAGUUUCCACCACAUCUUACUGCUUCAUAAUGAUGAGGUCGAUGAUUGUGUGAAUAGACUAGUGAUUAUGGUGGCUGUUGCACUGUUUGUGGGGUUCGUUGUUGGGGCAUUGGUGGUUAUCGGUGUUGAAGUUGUGGGGCUUUUGUUUUUACUUAGGAAAUUGGGGAAAAAGACUGUUAAACAAGACGUCAAGGUUACGAAAUCUGAAGGUGAGGAGCUACAAUUCCAGUUUCCUAACAAACAGGGAUCAGUUUGGAUUUUAGAAAAAGAAAAGGUCCCAAAGGCUUCACAAUGUACUGAUAAAAUUUCACGACAAGAAAAACGUAAAAUCGAGAUCAUUGAGGUGACACCUAUCAGGAAGCAUGCAAGCAUCAAGGAUAAAUCACUAAUUGUUACAGAACCAGAUAGAACCCUCACAAAAAUUGAUCUAUUGGGUUGUGUUGUAGAAGCUGUUUCUGCUACAAAUUUGCCCUCCAGAAAGUGGGCGAAAAAAUACCCUAUAAAAGUGGAGAACAAAUCAUCAGUAAUAUAUCAUGGAAGCAAGUUAUUCUACAUGUAUUUUGAGACAUCUAGUGAAAAAGAAUCAUGGUGUCAAGCUCUACGUCUUGCUUCUUGUGAUGACAAAGAGAAACUUACAUGGUUUUAUAAAGCACGUGCGGAGUUUCAUAGUUAUCUGGCAUCAUUAAAUGUAGAAUAUCCUUCAUUUUUAAAACCAUCUAUCGGUUUUAAUCCAGAAAUCGGGGAUAGAUCUAUUAAAGUAGAUGGUUCAUCAUCAAAAAAGGUCCGCGACUUCUUAAAGAAAUUUGGGAAAAAAACUUCUAAAAUUGGCAGAGAUGAUAAGAAGUUUAGUGAAAAUUCUGUUGGUGGGUCUUCAAGGCUUUCUCAAACAGAAAAGAAGCCUAAUUAUGGUGCUGAGGAGAAAGUAGGAAGCAGGAACGGAGUAGGGUCUCAAAGUUCGGAUAAUGAUAAAAUCAGUAGCGAUGAAGGAACUUUAUGCUGUAAUUUGUUGAUUUCACGGUUGUUCUUUGAUGCUAAAAGCAAUGUCAAUUUGAGGAAUUCAAUACAAGCACGGAUUCAGAGAACGCUGUCCACAAUUAGGACUCCGAGUUAUAUAGGUGAAAUCAUUUGUACAGGUGUAAAUCCUGGAAAUGUUCCACCAUAUAUACAUGGCAUGCGCGUCCUACCAACAGAUCUGAAAGAAGUGGUUGCAAUGGAAAUUGAUAUUGAAUAUCACGGUGGCGUGGUUUUAGAUAUUGAAACAAGGCUUGAAGUGCAAGAGCUAGAAAAUUCGGAUUCAAAACCCGUGGAUGAUGUCGCCACGGAUCUUCUAGAAGGUUUUGGAGAACAGUUGAAGCUUAAUCAGCCCAUGGAUCAAAAGGGUGAUGAAAAUCUCAAAUUGGAAGAUACCAAAAGUUUAAAGGGCAAUGAACAAGCAUCUUCUACUGUACCCAAAUGGAAAUCUGUAAUAAAUUCUGUUGCCAAACAAGUCUCUCAGGUGCCCUUGUCACUUGCAAUAAGGGUAACAACUCUUCGAGGAACAUUAAGAGUACACAUCAAACCUCCACCGUCAGAUCAAAUCUGGUUCGGUUUCACAUCGAUGCCUGAUAUAGAUUUUAGUUUGGAGUCUGCUGUUGGUGAUCACAAGAUAACCAGUGGACAUAUCGCAUUGUUCAUCAUCAAUAAAUUUAAGGCGGCUAUUCGUGAAACCACGGUACUCCCCAACUCCGAAAGUGUAACCAUUCCCUUUAUGAUAGCAGAAAAGAACGACUGGAUCCCACAGAAAGCCGCACCAUUCAUUUGGACCAACCCCGAACUCACCACCGAGCCGGCCACUGAACGGACGGUCAUACAAGAAGUCCAUCGUUCCCAAUCUUCCAUCGAGACUCACCCACAAGAAGCACAAGAUGUCCAUACAAGUAGCAGAAGCAGUACAGAAACCACACAUGAUAAAACAACAUCCAGUCAAUCGGACGAUGAAAAGUCACCAGCAUAUGAUGAUGAAAAAUCAGCAGCGACUGAUGAGAAAACCCCGUUGUUAGAAAGCGACAAACAGCCACCGCCGCAAGAUGUGGCAGUGGAAGAAAACCAACUAGUUGCAUUACCGGAUUGGCGUCGUCCAUCACCGUCAGCACCUCAGGUGGUGGUGGUGGAAGAAAACAAUGAGGCGGCAGAAGGAGAGUUAAGGAGAAUGGGAACAAGGGCGAAGAUGCUAGGAUUACGAAAAAAAAUGGGCGAAAAACUUGAUGAAAAGAGACGUAAUCUUGAAGAGAAAGGGAGGCAUAUCGUCGAGAAGAUGCGAGGACCUGGAGGGAUUUGAUUUGUAUAUUUUUCAGUUUCGGAUUUGCAUAUGGGUCGGGAUUUGUAGUCUGUACGUUAUUGGGACCGCAGUUGUUGAAAGGUUUGAAUGCUUAUUUCUGCAUUUGAAAACAUCUGCUUGAUAAUUCUUUUAGGCUAAACCCGGUUCUGUCUUGAAAGGGUUGAAUGCUUAUUUCUGCAUUUGAAAACAUCUGCUUGAUAAUUCUUUUUGGCUAAACUCGGUUCUGAUGGA